AUGGGAGCCGGAGACCCAGUGUCCUUGAAGAUACCGGGCACAGUUCAGGUGAUGGCGCUGAGCGUAAAGCCGCUGCAGCUGGCGAGAUGGUCUGAUGCUCACUUGGUCAAACGAGAGGAGAAAAUGUGGAUCGUGCUUCAUCUGCUGCUCCUGCUCCAAAGUGGAGCAUGUACAGGUGCUUACAACUUUUCCACUCUGACUCUUGGACCUGGACAAAGUAUCUCUCUGCCAUGUCCCCGCGGUACAACUAAGAAUGUUGAACACUUAAUUUGGAUCCGACUUGUUUCUGGAGCUUAUCCUGAAAUUUUAGCUAAAAUGGCAUCUUACGAAUCAGGACCUGUUGAACGUGGAACAUCAAAUACUGGACAUCACAUCACAGCCAAAAAAGAACAAGAAACAUUUGUUCUGCAAAUUAGUCAAGCAGAGAAAAGUGAUACGGCGAUCUACUACUGUUUAAAAGUGGAAUUAGAUCAACUCUCGUUUUUGAAAGGAAUAUUCCUUCAGGUCACAGAACCAGAACCCUCCGUGUCUGUUGUCUCUGAAGUCCGACCAGGACCACCUGUGAAGUUGCAGUGCUCAGUCCUCUCCCACUCUGGGAAUGAAAUCUGUCAGGAUGGACCCAAAGUGUCCUGGUUCAGCACUGGACCAGAAAGUGUCCAUCCAAGCUUUGUUUACACUCAUGACGAAUGCAAGAAUAUCAAUGAUAAUUCCACACAGAAAUGUGUCCACACUUUCUCAAAGAACGUCAACUCCUCUGAUGCUGGAACUUACUUGUGUGCUGUGGUCACAUGUGGGAGGAUUUUCAUGGGAAAUCCAAUAAAAGUCAAAACUAAAGAUUCCAGCAGCUCUGAUUCAUGCAAGUAUGUUAUAAUCGUCUUGAGUGCUGCUUUGGCCUUAAGUUUCAUCAUGUCAGCCAUCCUCAUCAACAAGAUCAGGACAAAAAACUGUUUUUGCUGCAAAGCUGGUCCACAAACACUCGAUGAAACAUUCAGUCGCGUCCAGCAGAGAGACGAGGACUCUUUGGUUUAUUCCAUGCCGACCAUUGUUACCAAGAAAACUGGCAGAGCGAGGCAGACAAAUACAAGGGCAGCAGGGGAAUUCAGCACGUACGCUGACGUGCGUCUUCAAAAUGAUGAUGAACAAGACCCAAGAAGCUGCGUCUAUCACCUCUCUCUGACCGUACUCAACUCCUCUGACACCGGAACAUACUACUGUGCCGUAGUCACGUGUGGACAGAUCCUGUUCGGACAAGGAACUCAUGUGGACACACAACAAGACGUGAAAGCAGCUGCCGUUUUGCUGAGUGCUCUGCUGGCCUCCUUCGCUGUUGUGGUCACUGUUUUAGUUGCUUAACUUGUAUUUUAUUUUUACCAACAGUAGUAUUUUUUUUAUAAUUUCAUACACAUAAUUCUGUAACGGAACGUUUGCUUUUUUUUUUCCCAAGAUGACGCUGCUGUCGUGGCUGCUGGUGGCAGGAGCUCAUCCUUUUGUGUUCCUGAACUGUUUUUAACUUUUAAACUGUUUUUAUCUAACAAACUGUUCUUAGGGUAAUUUAUAUUUGCUUUUUAAAUGUGUAUUUUUAUUUCUGAUUUAAAUGUUAUUUUUUAGUCUGUCCUUUGCCUCUAUUUCUUUGUGGUGUACAUCCCUUUGUUUUUCAACUGUGCUUGUUUUUAAAGGGCUUUAUAAAUAAAGUUGGUAUGGUAUAGUAUGGUAUGUUUCUCUCUUGUUUUCAUGUGGGGUUUUUUUUGCCUUUUGG